AUGAUGUCAUCUUACAAAAAUCAGAGUUUUCCAGUCAUAUUCAUUCUCUUGGGAUUCUCUGACUACCCAGAUUUUCAGAUUCUUCUCUUUCUCAUAUUCUUGACCAUCUAUGCAAUAACUGUAACGGGGAAUCUUGGAAUGGUUGCAAUCAUUGCCAUGAACCCCAAAUUACACACGCCAAUGUAUUUUUUUCUUAAACAUUUAUCCUUUGUGGAUUUCUGUUUCUCCACUGUUGUUACACCAAAGUUGUUGGGAAAUUUAAUUGCAGAAGAUCGGGCAAUGUCUAUCUCUACUUGCAUCACUCAAUUCUUCUUUGCUGCUACCUGUGCUUUGACUGAUCCCUUCAUGUUGGCAGUGAUGGCAUAUGACCGCUUUGUGGCCAUUUGUAAUCCCCUUUUAUACAUGGUUAUCAUGUCCCAGAAACGUUGUGUCCUGCUGAUGGCUGCAGCAUAUUCUUGGGGCAUAUUCUUCUCUCUGCUCCUCACCUACUCUCUCCUUGUAUUAUCUUUUUGUGGGACUAACAUCAUUAAUAAUUUUGUCUGUGAGUAUUCUGGUAUACUUUCUGCCUCUUGCUCUGAUAAGCACUUUACUGAGAUGAUACUCUAUAUAACUGUAAAUUUUAAUAUGUUGAGCACACUCAUGGUGAUAGUGUCUUCUUACACUUUUAUUUUUGUAACUGUUAUGAAGAUGCAUUCAGUUAGAGCAAGGCAUAAGGCUUUCUCCACAUGUGCUUCUCACCUGACAGCUGUUGGAAUCUUCUAUGGAACAGUUAUUUUCCUCUAUUGUGUACCCAAUAGCAAAAGCUCCUGGUUCACUAUCAAAGUGGGUUCUAUUUUCUAUACAGUGCUCAUUCCAAUGCUGAAUCCCCUAAUAUACAGUCUGAGGAACAAGGAAGUGAAGGAAACACUCAGAAAGUUAAUGGGCCAAAAGUGA